AUGCGUGUGCCCAUGGCAUUGCCAUUUCUCCGGGAGGCCUUUGAGGACGUGGCAGUGUAUUUCACGCGGAAGGAGUGGGAGCUGCUGGGAGAUGAGGACAAGGAGCUUUACCGGGACCAGAUGCUGAAGAAUUACCGAGCCCUAGUUUCCCUGGGAUAUCAAGGUCUCACACCUGACUUAAUCUGCUGCAUUGAGCGAGGGGAAGUGGAGCUCCGUGUUUCUGAUGAGGAGGACCAUGGGGAAAGCUCAAGGUCUGAAGACCUCUUGCCAGAUUCCUGUGACCUGGAGGACAGCUGGGAAACAUCAGAAGAGGAAAGCUCCACGGGCUCAUUGCCUGCAUCAGCCCCUUCCCUGGAAGCAGGUAGGGAGCAACGGCCCCCCCCCCGCUUUAGAAGGGAGAGCCCCAGCUCUCAAUCCUCCCCUCCCAGACCAUUUCUUGGAGGAACGAGGGAUUCAAUAUUUUGGCUUGUUCUAACAAGCAGAAACAGCGCUUCUCUGUGCCUCCGAAGUAUCUACCAGACAUCAAGUAAGCCAUAUCAGUGCCCUCAGUGUGGGAAGAGCUUUACCGAAGCCUCCCAACUGGUCCGGCACCAGCGCAUCCAUACAGGGGAGAAGCCAUAUCAGUGCCCCGAGUGUGGGAAGAGUUUCACCCGAGCCUCCUACAUGGGUAAGCACCAGCGCAUCCACACAGGGGAGAAGCCAUAUCAGUGCCCUGACUGUGGGAAGAGCUUCACCCACGCCUGCAACCUGGACCAGCACCAGCGCAUCCACACAGGGGAGAAGCCAUAUCAGUGCUCAGAGUGUGGGAAGCGCUUCUCCUGUUCCUCUUAUCUCCUCCGGCACCAGCGCAUCCACACAGGGGAGAAGCCAUAUCAGUGCCCUGAGUGUGGCAAAAGCUUUGCCCACUCCUCCAGCCUGAUUCAGCACCAGCGCAUCCACACAGGGGAGAAGCCAUAUCAGUGCUCAGAGUGUGGGAAGAGCUUCACCCAAGCCUCCCACCUGAUCCGGCACCAGAUGAACCACACAGGGGAAAAGUCACAUAAGUGCCCAGAAUGUGGGAAGGCCUUCUCCCUUUCCUACUACCUAAUCCGGCACCAGGGCAUCCACACAGGGGAGAAGCCAUAUCAGUAA